CGGAUGCACACUGCGUCCCGGCAUCAUGACGGCGCCGGCGCCAGCGCCGGCGGGGUCUCCAGGAUCUUGGAGUGAAAAUGUACUGGAGUAUUUCCUGAGAAACCACCAGAUUUCAAGUGAAGACGGUGCUGAGAUCCGAUGGUACCAUGCAGCUAACCACAAGGCGCAGGUGGCCGAGGCGCUGGGGAGUGCUGCUCACAUGAUAGAGGCUGACGUCAUUGUUCCGGGUGACGGGUCAGCGCAUGGACUGCCAAUCAUGGCCCAUCCCCCCGAGACGCACAGUGAUAACACUCUGCAGGAGUGGCUGAUGGAGGUCAUGAAAAGCAAUAAGGGCAUCAAACUGGAUUUUAAGAGCCUGGCAGCCGUCGAAGCGUCCAUGAGUCUUCUGGAGAAGGUGAAUGGGCACCUGCAGCGUCCUGUGUGGCUUAAUGCAGAUAUUCUUCCUGGACCCAAUGGCAGUGGCAAAGUGGUGGCUGCAAAACCCUUUAUAGACACAGUGACGUCCUUCUUUCCAGAUGUGACAUUUUCCCUGGGUUGGACAACAGGAUGGCAUCCUGAGAAAGUCAAUGAAGGAUACAGUUGGACAAUGGUUAAAGAGAUGGAAUAUAUAUGCAGUGGACUACAUCAGCCUGUCACCUUCCCCGUCAGAGCAGCGUUAGUCAGGCAGUCUUGUUCUCAGUUACUGUGGCUAUUGAAGAAAUCACAUAGGUAUAGCCUGACUAUUUGGACCGGGAAAGAUGAUAACUAUUCCACUGAAGAUUUACUCUAUAUUAGAGACAAUUUUAAUAAAAGACAAGUUUUCUAUGAUAUUUUGGAACCACAGAACUGUGAAUUCAAGCAAGCCAUUGGAAUCAAAGUUCAUCUGUAAGAAGAUUCUUCUAAAUUAUUUCUGUGUUUGGGUUUCAUAAUUUUCUGCUUUUGCUGAAUCGCCUGAUCAGCUGUGGUUCCUGGUUGAUGCUCUUGCAUCUGACUCAGACCUUAUUUGCCCUUCCACAAGAGAUUGGCAACAAAAUAUUGAAACGUUGAGUGUGCCCAGUUUACUAGUCAUUUAGGAACCUCUCUGCAGCUCGACAUGCCCGCAUGGAGUCCCGAGAAAGGCACUUCAGAAAGCGCAGCAGCUGUGACAUAUUAAAAUAUGACUGCCCAGGGGAUUGAUGAGGCGGCUGGUUUGCCUCUUCUCCCAGAAAACAAAUGGAGGUUUAGCUUUUCUUGGGUUUUCUUGUUUGUUUGUUUUUCAAAUAGGAUCUCACUUAGUCCCAGCUGGCCUCACAUUUGCAACAUAGUUGAGGCUGGCCUUGAACUUCUGAUUCUCCCGCUUCCUCCUUCCAUGUGCUAGGAGUGCAGGUGGGGACCCCAGGUCUGACUCAGGGGCUUUGAUUUUUAGUUCAGACAUACCUUCCUUACAGUGCCACCUCUACCCCUUGCUAACCAUACACUUCUGGAAAUGGUUAAUGUUGAUAAAGGGGUGGGAUGAGAACUCAUUUGUGGAGUUGUAAGAAGUAAGGUUUGUGUAAUAGAGACAACCAGCUCAAUGCCGGCCACACAGUAAAUACCCAGCAGGCGCAGUUGCUUCCUUCUUGAAAACUUGAUCAUGGUCAUGCACAUUACCGAGAGACAUGCAAAUAUGUAAAAUAAUCAUGUCUCCAACUGAGUCCGUGUGAUUUGUCAGAAAAUACCCAGAACUAUGCCAAGCAUAAAAGGUAUAAUUUAAUUUUAAAAUCUUACCACUACAAUGAAAUUGACUUAAAAUUAGGUCAAAAGCCAGGCAUGGUGGCGCAUGCCUUUAAUCCCAGCACUGGGGAAGUGGAGACAGUUGAUAUGCUGGGGCUUCCUGGUCUGUCAGACAGUCUAGCCAAAUGAGGCAAGUUCUGGGGUAGUGAGAGACCCUGUCUCAAAAAAGGUGGAUGGUGCCUGGGGAACAACACCUGAGGGCGUCCUCUGGUCUCUCCACAUGCAUGUGUACCUGUGCACACACACAAGCUCAUCAAAAGACACCAUUAACGUAUCUGACAAAGGUUCAUAUUCUGAAUAUGUGAAGUACCCUAAACAAUAAAAAGCCAAAAUUCCUAAUGAAAAAUCAGAAAAUGCCUUAACAGUUACUUCACAAAACACUCAUAUGGCCAAAACAAUAUCAAAAAACACUGAGCAACAUCACUCAUCCAGGAAAAGCAAGUUAAACCAUAAUGAAAUACUAAUACUAACCCCUUCUCCCAGAAAGACUAACACUGAAAGGACUGUCAACUCCUUGCAGAAAACCAAGGGAAAACAAUGUGGCAGUUUCUAAUAAAGAUAAUAUCUUGCCUUGGGGCCCAGGAAUUCUGUGUGCAUAUGCCCCAGAGACGAAGCCCCUGUGCUCAUCCGCUCUACUGUGUCCUUAGCCACAAUCUAGAAACAACCAAACUUCUUUCAACAACAGAAUUUAUAAAUAAUGGUAGAAUCCUACAAUGAGCUUAUUAUACAAAGGACCAAAAAGUUUGUAGUACUAAUGCAUAUAAUAAAGAUGAAUGUUAGGACAUGGUGUGUGAGCAGACACGAGCACCCACCCGCGGACACGUUUAUAUGAAGUUCAACACAGCAAAUACUGAGCCUUGCAUGGUGGCGCAUGCCUCUAAUCCCAGCACUCAGGAGGCAGAGGUAGGAGGAUCACCAUGAGUUCAAGGCCAUUCUGAAACUACAUAGUGAAUUCCAGGUCAGCCUGAACUACAGUAAGACCCUACCGCGAAAAACAAACUUUGGUGAUAGCAGUGAGAAUAGUUGCUGCCCAUGCAGUUGGGGUGUGGGGGGGGGAUUGUCUGAAAGGGAAUGGUGGAACUUUGGAGGGGAGCUCUAUAACAGUUUCAAGAUGGCUACUUGGACCAGGCAUGGUGGCACCCACUUUUAGUCCCAGCACUUGGGAGGCAGAGGUAGGAGGAUCGCCAUGAGUCCGAGACCACCCUGAGACUACAUAGUGAAUUCAAGGUCAGCCUGAGCUAGAAUGAGACCCUACCUCAAAAAAAAAAAAAAAAAACCAAAAAAACCCAAGAUGGCUAUUUGGAUGUGUAUGAUGGCAUUAAAUGGUUGAGUUAUACAUUUUACUGUAUUUAAAUGAUGCAUAGCAAUCACUAUUUUCAAAAUACUUGAUGUACAGAAUGCAUAGAUUAUUAGCAGUCAAUGAAAAGCAGCCUUUGUUAGUGUGGAAAGAUGUUACACUGCAUUAUUGCAGCUUGCAAAAGGGCAUUACAGUUGUGUCAUAGCUGAAGUUACAUGUAUUCGCAUGCAUAGAAAUUUUUUGGAAAGAAGCUCAAACAAAAUAUGUAGUGGUUAAGUACUACCUUUUUUGUCUCUUCAAAUCUACCACAUUGGUGUUUAGGUCCUGUAACAUCAGAACUGAGCCUGACAAACUUUGAUAAGAUAUUUGAUUGCUCAUAGAAUCAGAGAUUUAAAAAAGUACAAUUGCCUAUGGGUUCUGUAACAGUGAUAUAAUUACUAAUUAGACAAAUAUGUACUUGUAUAUCCAAUGGGAAAUUAUUAAAAGUAAUUUGGAACAGUU